AUGGCUUCGCCUCUCCUUGCUGCGCGGGUAGCCCGCAAGGCUACUUUCAAUGUCGCUGGCAAGCGAUUCCUUUCUGACAUCUCCAUUACUCGAACUGGCAAGCCUAUCAUGCGUGUUGAGGGUGGCCGUUCAUCCCUCGGAGGCCAUACCGUUACCGUAUUUGGCGCAACCGGCCAACUUGGACGAUACAUUGUCAACCGACUGGCUCGCCAGGGAUGCACCGUCGUUGUUCCCUUCCGUGAGGAGAUGGCCAAGCGUCAUCUCAAGGUUACCGGAGAUCUUGGCCGUGUUGUCUUCAUCGAGCACGACCUUCGAAACACCCCCUCUAUCGAGGCUAGCGUUCGACACUCGGAUGCUGUUUUCAACCUGAUCGGCCGCGAUUACCCUACCAAGAACUUCUCUCUGGAGGAUGUGCAUGUUGAGGGUACCGAGCGAAUUGUUGAGGCUGUCUGCAAGUACGAUGUCGACCGAUAUAUCCACGUUUCUUCCCACAGCGCCAACUCUCAGUCCCCCUCGGAGUUCUACCGUACCAAGGGCCGAUCUGAAGAGGUCGCUCGCAGCCUGUUCCCUGAGACCACUAUUGUCCGCCCUGCCCCCAUCUUCGGUUUCGAGGACAACCUCCUACUGAAGCUGGCUGGUGUCACCAACCUCUUCACUUCCAACAACAUGCAGGAGAAGUUCAACCCUGUUCACUCCAUCGAUGUUGGUGCUGCUCUUGAGAAGAUCUUCUUUGACGACACCACCGCUGGACAGACCUUUGAGCUUUACGGACCCAAGAAGUACAGCAUGGAGGAGAUUUCCGUCAUGGUUGACAAGGAGAUUUACAAGCAGCGACGACACGUCAAUGUGCCAAAGGCCAUCCUGAAGCCCGUUGCUGAGAUUCUUAACAAGGUGCUUUGGUGGCACACUCUGUCAGCCGAUGAGGUUGAGCGAGAGUUCUUGGACCAGGUCAUUGACCCCAAGGCCAAGACCUUUAAGGACCUAGGCAUCGAGCCUGGUGACAUUAUCAACUUCACGUACCACUACUUGCAAGGAUUCCGAAGCCAGAACUUCUACGAUCUUCCCCCUGCGACAGAGAAGGAGAAGCGGGAAGAGAAGAAUGAUGAAGAGCCCAUAAGCCUCUCGAGUCACGCUUUGGCCGCGUUAGCCGAAUUCCACGCCGAAAAGGAUGCCCAUGAAAGGAACUUCGAGAAGCUGAGGACCGGCGCUGCCCCCAGAGCCGGAGCCGGACUCGGGGUGGUCGAACCGGAGGAUGAGGACCCUAUAGCCGGAGAUGCGGACGACGAGCCACUGAGCAUGGCCGCUUUCACGGAGGACUGGAACGAAUCGCAAUUUUGGUUCCUUGAUGAAACAGCAUUUGCUUUGGCUGAUCAGCUCCUUGACGGUGCCUCAUCGAGCUCGACUAUUGGUGUGGUCUCAACACCAAGUGUCUUCAUUGCACUCAAGAACCGACUUAGAUUCUGGCCUGUCGAAGACCGACCCAAACUGGUCCUGUUUGAGCAUGACCAUCGGUUUAGUGUCUUCCCCGAAUUUGUCUUCUAUGACUUUCAACGACCCCUCCAACUUCCAGGCAAUUUGAAGGGCAGCCUGGAUAGUGUCAUUAUCGACCCUCCUUUCUUCAGCAAUGACUGCCAGACAAAGUUUGCUUUGACCGGUCGUUGGCUUGUUAAGCCAAAGUCGCCCCGUGUUAUUGUAUGCACUGGCGAGCGCAUGGCCCCCAUUGUCGACAAGCUCUACCGCUCUCUUGAAGUCUACCCAACGACAUUUGAGCCUGCCCACGCAGGCUUGAGCAACCACUACUAUUGUUACGCCAACUUUGAGAGCUCGACCUGGGACUGGCGAUCGGAUGAAUCUGAUUAG